AUGGACCAACGACAAGAGCGUAAGUUAAAUUAAACGUUGAAACUUCGGUUGUAGUAGAGAAAAGUCUCCGAGAGACGGUCGAAAAUGGAAAUUUGAUGGUGAAUUCUUUUUAUGACUACCGAGCUGAUGUAGAUCGAAUCAAAGAAGUAGCAAACAUUAAAGUCUUUACUACCCUUCGACAGGAAUUACAGAAACUUGUAAGUGGGUUUGUUAAUGAUUUAGUUUCGUUUAGUUGGCCCAAGGAGCUGAAACACAGCCUUCUCUGCCUAAAAUGAAGUCCAAUUCAGCUGACAUACAGACUAUGCAACAACAGUUAACGGAGGUUGAGAAAAAUCUUCAAGAGACUAACCGUCUUACAGAAGAGGUUCGCUACCACUUUUUUCAAAACUUAUCUUGUUUUAGGACAACGAAUCGCUGCUGCUGGGGAAGAAUGAACUCAAUGACAUGAAAGACGUCAUUUUAAAACAGUUGAUAUAA